GUAUAUAUACAACACCCCCUUCCUUCUUCUCAAUCUAUUACUAGUUCUGCCAAGCCAGCAUCAAUCCACAUUCGAUCUCUCGAUCAAAAUGCAGAAAAUGGAAGAAGAAGAUCUAUACUUCAGUCCCAGCUUCAACAGUAGCUACUCAUCACAUUUAUUUGUCAAAAACACCGGAGAAUCCCCAGAUGAUUUUGAGCCGCAAAGUUCUAAUUAUAAGCCUGCCGAAUCUGUCGCCGCGGAGUACCAUAAAGAGGAGGAGGAUGAAGGCAGUGAUGAUUUUGAAUUCUCUUUGGUUCCAGAGCAUUUCGAGGCCGUUUCAGGUGAUUUCCUCUACGGCGGUCAAAUUGGCACGGCUUUUCCAGUCUUCAACCGAGAUCUGUUGUUAGAUGAAGGUUUUGUGGUGCGAAAUCGGGGAGAGGAAGGUAAGGAAAUUCGCAUUCCAAAUGGAGUUGAUAGGCCGGUUCGGAUUCCGUUGCGGAAUUUGUUCCUAGGAGAGAGGGAAGAAGGAGGUACUCUACGAACGCAGUCGUCGUCGUCGUCAUCUGAAGCCGAUGACGAGCUGGAGAGCGUGCCGCCGGGAACGUACUGCGUGUGGCGUCCGAAGAAGAUCGAGACGUUUCCGAGUGUCUGCGAGAAGAGCAGUUCUACCGGAUCGGUGUCAAAGCGAGGGAAGCUUCGAAAGUUGUUGCGCCGUAUUAACAGUGACGGAAAUGAACGUUUCGUGUUUCUGACUCCGAAAGGGGCCGAGAAGUCCAAGCAGUCUGGCGUUGUGCCGGAGUUCACCGGGAAAACAGAGGCGAAGAAGAUUAAAGGCGGCCCAGCGGCGGCGCCGAUGGCGGCUCACGAGGCGUUUUACUUGCGGAGUAAAGCGGCCAAGGAAGGCGAGAAACGGAAAUCGUAUUUACCGUACCGACGAGAAUUAGUUGGCUUCUUCGCUAACGCCAACCCAGCCGGAUUUGGGAAGACUUCUCGUUCCAAUUAAAACCAAAUUCAGAUCUCACGAUCUUCUUUUUGUUUCUUUAUUAUUUCGGGAUCCGUGGAGACAUAAUGUUAAAUUAUUGUACAGUUUAUUACGGAGUAGUUUAAUUUCACUUUUACUUUGACUUCAUCGAUUCGCAUUUAAUUGUGAUUGUUUUGAUUUCAAGUUGGCCAGCACAUAAGUUUAAAUGCUACUGCGUGAAUACUGACUGAUACCAUUAUACAUUUAUACUCCAUAAUUAAUAGAGAAAAAGAUCAUUACAUAAGCCCUG